AGCGCUAACAGCUCCUCCCAGCUCUCUUGGUGCUGUUAUUACUAUGCCUGGGAGGGAACUGCACAAUCAUGCACCGCAUCCUCCCGGCGGCAAGAAGCUGUCUUCAACCAAAGGGUCAAGAUGAGGAAGAGUGGCAUCCUGACUAAAUGCUAUAUGUAUAGGGGCUUAUUCCAGAGGGGAAUAAGGUUCUUUUCUUCCUCUCCUGAAGUGAAGCUGGAAGUUGUGACAGUAAAUGUAACCAUCCAGGACUUCAUAGCUGAUGUGGUGUCUGAGCUGUUUUUCCGCAAUACGCAGCAAGUCUCUAAGGAGACCAUGUUCAUCUUUCCUGUGGACUCUCACACUGUUGUACACACCUUCUACGCUACCAUGGGAGACACUCGUAUUGAAGCAAUGCUUUGGGAGAAGGAGGAGGCCCAGCAGCUGUGCAAUGCCACUUCAGGCAUGGAGAAUUUAAGAUACCUGCAGGACCAGUGGGAUCUUUGGGGUCCUUUCUUCGCUUGUUUCCUGGGGACCCUGCCUCCUAACAGGGAGGUGGCCAUCAGCCUGUGCUAUGUCCAGGAACUGCCACUGCAGCCUGAUGGAGCUGCCCAGUUUUGCUGGCCGUGCGAGCUGUUCCCUCCAGUUUACCACAUUGGCUUGUUGUCUUCUAAGGAGGAGUCGUCCGAAAAGCUGCACUUCAGCAUCUGUCUGAAGUCAGCCCAUGGUGUGUCCCAUAUAAACAUUAACAGCAGCCACACCCCUCUGCAAUACACAGCUCCAGAUCAGACGUCUGCUGAGGUCUCCUUGAAAUUGCCACCCUGGUUGCAGACUGAUCUGAAAUUGCUGGUGUAUUACAGAGGUUCUCACACUCUCAGCGCUGUGGCAGAGAGGAGCGAUCCCAAAGCCCCACCUGGCUCUCUGCUGGGGGACCCUGCGGUGAUGGUGACACUGACACCCAGCAUUCCUAAGGUGGCACCCAGUCCAGGCCACCUUGGGGAAUUCCUCUUUCUCAUGGACCGCAGCCUCUUCCGGGAUGCACAGAACACACUUCUCUUCCUCCUCAAGAGUUUGCCUCUGGGCUGUUACUUCAACAUCUACAGUUUUGGGGCCACAUUCAAAGCCUUCUAUCCGCAGAGUGUGGAAUACACACAGGGAAGCAUGGACAACGCAGUGGGGCGCAUCUCCUCCAUCUGCCCUGAUCUGGGGGGCUGUGAUCUGUUGGGCCUCCUAAGGUCUAUCUACAGCACUCCUCUCCUUCAUGGGCGUGCCCGCCAGCUUUUCAUCUUCAUCCAAAGGAAGAUCUCUAGUGAAGAGGAAGCUGUCAUGGCUGAGGUCUACCGUUACCGGGACCACCACCGGUGUUUCUGUUUCCCUACCGGCAGAUGUGACAGCUUCAACCUUUCCCAGGCCAUGGCCCUGGAGACCAAAGGAGAAUGCGUGUGCAUCCACUCUAAGAUGGACAUGGCAUCCGAGGCAGUGAAAUGCCUGCAGCGGGCUCUGCAGCCUCUGGCAAGUGGGAUCUCACUACAUUGGGACCUUCCACCUGGCCUGGAGGUGUCGAUGAUCAGAAAAGCUCCUGAGAUGAUCUUCCAGGGACAUAAGAGCUCCAUCUAUGCCCAGAUCCAUGGGCAAGCACAGGAUCCAGCAGUGGGUGAGGGAGCCGUCACCCUCCAGUACCACGUGGGCAGCCAGUCCUUCAGUUACACACUCAGGUUCUCACUGUCCCCAUCAUCAAACAACAGGCUGCCUGUGCACCGCAUGGCCAUGAUGCACCUACUGUGGAAACUGGCCUGGGAGAGGACCAGCAGGGCAGAGAAGGACGUCCAGCACAGUGAAGUUAAGUCCAGCAUCAGCCUGGGGAUUCCGUCCCCCUUCACAUCCAGCGUGGCAGUAAGCAUGAAACAGAGGGAUGCCUGGCAGCAUGACUCUGCCAUGUUCUUCUUUCCCUCUUGCAACCUGGUUCCCUGCCAGCUGCUCUGGUUGCGUGGCUUCAGGCCUGUGUGGUUCAAGUCCACCAAGUUUUGGAUGGUCCAGAAGUGCCAGUUCUGCCUUGAGAUGCUUGGUCGCAAAGCCCCUGACACUGAGGCACUCACCCAGUUUUCAGCAUCCUAUAGAGAGCAGGAGCCUUCUCCUGAAGAGCAGGUGAUGGAAGAUGCACCAGCAUUUAACAGCAGUUGGGACUGGACAAUUUCACCACUGUCAACAAGGCUGUGUGACUUCUCCAGGCUCAGGGUGGUGGUGGCACUCCAGAAAGCAAAUGGCUCCUGGGCCCUCACCACAGCCCUGGCCUCUGCCUUGGGGCUCAGCAAGGCUGAUGUUGAAGGGCAAAAGCCCAGUGAGGAUGUGCAGCCAACUGCCUGGGCCACAGUCUUGGCGUUAGCCUGGUUGCACCAGUAUAAAUGGAAAGUAUCUUGGUCAGAGCUUCUGCAGGCCAAAGCUUGUAGGUGGCUGCGAGACCAAGCUGAGGUCCAGCUGGAUGAAUGUCUGGAGGCAGCAAAUUCCCUGCUAGGCUGCUUUGUGGCUCCCAGCAUCUUCAGGAUUUGAACUUACCCCACUACCUGGGGUGCACAAGAAGCUGGGUGGGAACACAGCCAGGAUAGCUGACCCGAAACGGCCAAAGCGAUAUAUCACAUACCAUUAGCAUCAUGCCCUUGUGGGACUGAGUGAGUUAGUGGCUCUGUGGGUGCUUAGUUGUUUUCUGGGGCCAACCCACCUCAGCUGGCUUGUUCACACAUUUGCUCUCUACCAUAUUAUGAGAGUUUCCACUGGGUUCUGAAAAAUAACCCUAAAUACAUAUACUAAACUUUGCUUCAUUUUCCCGCAUUCUGCUUUUCUCUGAGAUUUACUCAAAUAGUCAUCUGCUCAAAAUAUCAGAUCUCAAGGAGAAAAAUGCUGUUCAGAUUCUAGAGAAAAACACCUUCUUCAUGAAUCUGUUUGUCUGCCUGUCUCUUCAGCUAGUGAGCUAUUUCCCUCCCUACCUGCCUGCCUACCUAUGUACCUUUCUGUUUUUCAUAGACAUGUAAGACAAAUUUUAUUUGGUUUUGCAGGCAUUGAUUCACUCAUCCUCACAAGCUAGAGGACUUUGUUUGUUUGUUUGUUUGUUUGUUUGUUUGUUUGUUUGUUUGUUUGUUUGUUUGUUUAAAGGAGGGUUUGUCAAAUAAAGGGGUGGAUUUCAUUGCAUCACUGCAGUGCCUACUGUAGGUGCCCAGUGCCAUUUCAGCUGUUCUGAGGUAUCUGAAACACCUGCCAGAUAGGAGGGGCAGGAUAAUAAAGGGCUGAUUUUCUGAGGUGACAGCUGGAGUGUGAAUGGAAUACCAUGUGGCAUGGGCUUCAGCUGCCUAAAUAUGGAUGUCUUUAUCAUUUUGAUAGACCAUUAUGAUGUUCUAGGAUUUUCAAGUGUAUUGAGAUUACAUGGCAAGCUUUUGGCAGUGGUGAGGCUGCAGGGGUGACCUCUGUGGGAAGAGAUUGCCCCAUGCCAGUCACAGACACUUCCAAAACAGACCCACUGCUGGCCAAAGCUGAGCCAAUCAGCAAAUAUGGUGGCACCCCUGUAAAAGCAUAUUUAAGAAAAGGUAAAAAAUGCCGCACAGGCAAAGCAGGAGGGAAAAAAAGGAGGGAGAACAACAGUGCAAACACCAAGGUAAGAGGGAGAGGAGGAGGUAUCUUACUGUAGACCCAUGCUGGAGCGGUUGGAUGUUUGCUAAAGGAAUUGCAGCCCAUGGAGAGGACCCAUGCUGGAGCAGAAGAAAAAAGUGAGGAGGAAGGAGCACCAGAAAGAAACUGCUAUGUAUUGACCAUAGUCCCCUAGCCUCCACCCUGCCUGUACAAAUGGCAGGGUGGGGCGUAGAGGAAGAGUCAGGAGUGAAGGAGUGAAGUUGAGCCUGGGAAGAAGGGGACCUGGGUGGAGGGUGUUCUAGUUUUUUAUCUUUGUUUCUCACCAUCUUACUUUAUUUUUAAUUGUCAAUAAAUUAUAUUAACAUU